CAUAGUGUCGCUAUAAUUGAACAUAGUGUCCAUGCGAAAUAUAGGCGGAUCUUUUCCUCGCAUUACUCACCCGGAAACAUUGCCUUGCUUCACCCCGAUAUGAAAGCGUCAGCAGAGCUCCUAGUUCAGGUAAUCAAAGUUUUGGAAGCAAAGGAUCGACCUCUCGAUAUAUUUCCUGGCAUCCAUCUUGUGAUGAUCGAUUUAAUCCUAAAAAGCACCUUUGGCCAUGACCAGGGUGCGCUCGAAGCUUGGUCGGAACAUAGCCACGAUAUCAUCAUGUCCGCUAUUGAAGACUACGGACGGCUCAUCCUGAUUCAAGGAAUUGUGCCAGAUUGGUUAUUCGGCGUUGUGCGAAGAUUCCCGAACAAAAGGUGGCAAACAUUUUGUUCGAGCGGCGAUACGCUUUUCAACACAAUGGCUGAAUUUGUCCGGGAGCAGCAGAAGGAGAAAGAUGCAGGACGUAUGGACGAGCGUGAUAAACCUACCCUGAUUGAACGAUUCUUUGCUCACAACGCCACUUGCGCGCCCGCGGACCGAUUGUCAUUCGAAGAUAUGACUUCUGAGUCAAUGACACACUUAUUAGCAGGAGUGGAUGCUAGUGCCGUCGCAGUUGCCUACAUUCUAUGGCGCUUCGCAAGCCAACCUCUCAGCGUCAAGCAGAAGAUCCAAGCCGAACUUGAUAGUGCUAUGCCUGAUGCAGGAGUGAUUCCCGAUUGGAAGACUUUGCACAAUCUUCCAAUUCUAGAUGCGCUUUUCAAAGAAGGAUUGCGGCUUCACGGUCCAAUCCCUACUUUCCUCGAACGUCUUGCACCUAAAGGUGGGCCUCUUGAUCUGCUGGGUUACCAGCUUCCAGCAGGCACCGUCAUUGGUACGCAGUCAUGGUCAAUGCACAGAAAUAGAGGGAUAUUCAAGGAUCCUGAGGAAUUUGAUGUCUUCCGAUGGCUUGACUCGGACCAACCCCAGGACGCCAUGCUUCAAGCCUGGGCACCUUACGGACUGGGAACUAGGAUCUGUAUCGGGCAGCAUCUGGCUCGUGGUGCUAUCAAAACUGUUCUCGCUGCUCUCCUCCGCAAUUUCGACGUUCUUCCUUUCCCAGAGACAAACGAUGAGUCGAUGGAAAUGAUGGAGCUCUUCGGAAUGUUUCCCGUAGGCCUGAGCUGUAAACUGAACUUCCGUUCGCGUGCAUGA